ACUUAGACUCGUGACAAGAAUAUGCAAACUAUGAGCAUGCUUGAACUAUAAAGAGUAUCAUUACUCUGUCUAACGUUGUUCUUAAACAUGACUUAUUCUUCUCACAUAACUUUCUUCUUCAAUGUGAUCAAACUAUGAGCAUGCUUGAACUAUAAAGAGUAUAGAAGAGUAUAGAGAGUCCCAAGAAGAGAUAGGAAAAGAGAAGAUGAUGACGUCCCAAGAAGAGAUAUGGAGUUCUCUGUUACUCAAGAGGACAAAACGGAGAGGCUGAUGACGUCUUUUUCGUUUUCUCUUAUAAGGGAUUUGUGAUACUAUAAUGUAUUCAACGUACCAUUAGUUUGUUACGUGAGAACGCCGAAGCAUUACGAUAACGUUACGUGAGAACUCCAUAACUUCUGAAGGCAAACAGAAUGGAGAAAUUGUAACUUCUGAUUUUGGGUUAACCGAACCGAACCGGUCGGUUCCGAGUUGGAAAGUCUAUUGAAAUUUGCGAAGAUAACCAAUUCGUUGGUUGCUGGCCAAGGCAAAAAAUAUAUUGGAAAUCAACGAAGAUAACCAGGUAUGGCAAUAUAAUAAAAUCGUAUUGUGCUGGCCAAGGCAAAUAUAUAUAAUAAUCAAUUCGAUUUUAACGGGGAUUUUAAGUUACAAGCCUUAGGGUUUUACUCUUAUAUAAGACACACGUCCGCAACCAUUCUUACUCAUCUCAAUCACUUAAAACCUAAAUACUCUACCCUCAUUCUUCUAUAAUGGCUGCGAUAAAUGUUAUGUCGGAUUUGAAACCGUUCAAGACUAUGUGGAAGAUUACGGUCAAGAUCAUACGUUUGUGGAAGCAAUAUUCGGCGGCCGGUGGCCUAACCAUUGAGAUGGUGCUAAUCGACUCUAACGUAAGCAUCCUAUACUGAUCAUGUUACUAAUAUUGUGUUGGAUUAAUGUGUCAUUGUCUAAAAGUUGAAUAUUUGAUUUGUUUUUUUCAGGUCUAGCCAUAAAUAUUGUUUUAUGUAUUGUUGUUACAUACUGAUUAGCUUUAGCCAAAAAUAUUGUUUUCACUUUGUCGUUUCGGUCAACUUUUAUAAACAGAGGAUCGAAGUAUAUCAAAUGCGUAUAAUGUGUCUGCUCUAGCUAUAAUCCCUCAAUGCAUGAAGUUGCAGCCUUCGAAGCAGUGUAUGGAUGAACUUUUAAUGCCUAUAAUAGUGAUUUCCUCAGUUUUAUGUGAAGUUAAAAUUUGUGAACUGGUUCUUAAUAUCAUGCAGGCUCAAUUUGUAUAUGUAUUAAUUUUAUUGUUUAUGUAUAUAAUUAGAUUUUCUGUAUAUGAAAAAAAAAAUUUAAAGGACGAAUCAAUUUUAUUUUUAAUUCAUUUUAUGUUAGCAUAUUAACUUUCGAUUGUUAUAUUGACCAAAACAAUUGUUUCUAUGUUAAUUAAUGGUAUGUUUAUAUAUUUAUCAAUCACUUUUUUAUUUUUACAUAUACAUAUAUAUGUUUAUAUAUAUAUAUAUAUGUAUAUAUAUAUGUAAUUUAAGUGAAUAUCUAUACAGUUAAAUGUUCACCGUAAGUGAGCUUUCUAAAUCAAUGGAAUUUCGAAAAAACAGUAUUUUAAUGGUUCAUUUGACUAUUAACUAAAUUGUAAUGAAAUGUAUUUUUUUAAAUUUUUUUCUUCUAUUUUGUAUCUGUUUAGAAAUUUAAAUAUGAUAUGAAAGCUUAACUUCAGUAUUGUCUAAACUUCAUAUAACAUGAAACCAAAUAAGUAGAUAUAGUCUUCCGGUUAUGACCAUAAAAUCAAAAACUUCAACCAUAUUAACGUCGCCAAUCUAUAUCCUCCUCAUUAACACCCGAAACAAUCAAUCCAAAACAAAUUAAUAUCCAAAUUAAUCAGAUUUAAUGUUUUUUUAUCUCGCAAAUUACAAAUUCAAUCAUUUCAUCCUGCGCAAGGCGCGGGUUAUCACCUAGUUUAUGGUUAUUUAGAUAAAAAUAAUCGAUCUGAACUGUAUCUGAUGAUGGAUAAAGACUGGAUCUCAAACAAGUUGCUCGUAUUCACAAUACCUAGUUGUGUCGAACCGGACCGGAUCCAAAAAAACAAAUACUCGAAUAGGGUCUAAUUUCAAAAAAACCUGAAUCUUAAGAAUGUUCAUAUCUAGUCUCAAUCUAUAAAAUUGGGAGAUGGACUCAAAUGGAUCUCAAGAUCUUGAAUAAAGAGGGAAACUUUCUGAUCAAUAUACAAAGGGUUGAGACAAUCACUCCAAAAUAAGUGAAUAACACACACGUUCAGUAAUCCCAGGAACUAUAUUUUUAAAAAAAAAACCCGGGCCUAUAUACGUUAAGGCAUGCAACAAUCCCAGAUUUGCUUUUUUAAGUUACGGACAAUGUACAUAUAAUAUGUAUAGCUAGAAUUAAGAACUGUAUGCAUUCAUGACUUCGAAGAUUCAAACUGGCAAGAUUACUGAAUAUAAAUAUUGGGGUUGAUUUAAUGCCAGCUUCUUUUUUAAUUAGUUAAUCAAAUUCAAUAAACUAAAACAAAAAUCUUUAAAAAUGCGUCAUCAGUUCAAAUAUAAUAUUAGACAUAGACCACUUAUAUAAACCUUUACCAUAACAUAACUACAAACACACAAAAACAUUGUCUCUCUUUGCUUACCAAUAGACAACCUUAAAGCCACUUCUCAUACACGAGAGAACACACACAAAACCCUAAAACACUCAUCAACACCUUAAACUUAUUAGUGUCUAAUGGCACUCGUUAAUAACCAUCCCAACGAGGCAAAGUACGUGUCAAAACAAAACUCCUCAUCCCAAGAUCUCUCAUCACCGGAGAACUACGGAUUGGAUCAGCCUGACGCAGCUUAUGCCGGAGGAGGAGGACAUUCAGCUUCGAGCAGUAGCACGAUGAAUUCUGAUCAGCAGCAAAAUCAUCAAGGGAUAGUAUUUUACCCUUCUGGCGAAUCCGUCGAGGAUCACAACUCUUUGUUAGAUUUCAACGGAUCCUCAUUUCUUAACUUCGACCACAACGAUGAUCGUCAUGAGAGCUUUCCUCCUCCAACCGUAAGUUGCGGUGGUGUUAGCGGUGGCUUCUCUUUUUUGGAAGGCAACAACAUGAGCUACAGCUUCACAAACUGGAAUCAACAUCAUAUGGAUAUUAUUGGCCCUAGACACAUCGAAACUCCGGGGACAAACCAAGUCCAUAAAGACUGGUCAUAUUCUGAUUCAACUGUUGUAACCACUGGUUCUAGACAUAAGUCUGUCUCGCCUAAAUCCACUGGAAAUAAACGUUCUUAUACGGGAGAGAGCAGUCAACCACCCUCAAAGAAACCCACUAGCGGCGCAAAAGGGAAAGCUAAGCCUAAGCCAACAACUUCACCGAAAGAUCCACAAAGCCUAGCAGCCAAGAAUCGAAGAGAAAGAAUAAGUGAACGUCUCAAGAUAUUGCAAGAACUUGUUCCCAAUGGCACCAAGGUUGAUUUGGUAACGAUGUUAGAGAAGGCCAUUAGUUAUGUAAAGUUUCUUCAAGUGCAAGUUAAGGUACUUGCGGCCGAUGAGUUUUGGCCGGCACAAGGAGGGAAAGCUCCUGAUAUUUCUCAAGUUAAAGACGCCAUUGAUGCCAUCCUCUCUUCGUCACAACGAGGCAGGAAUUCGGAUCCAGUCACCAAUCAAUGAAGAGUCUGAAUGUAAUUUAAUUAAUUACUCAACAGUAAUUAAGUUGUAGUAAUAUCGGGAAGAACAAUGAUUCUCUCGAUAACUUCCACAUAAAUUUUAAAAUACGAUCCAAAGAUUAAAUAACGUUAAAUAUGUGAAAAAUCGAGAAGUUCUUAAUGCAUCUAUAUUGAAGACAAGACAAGAGACAUUCAAAGCACCGAUGAUCAGUGAUGUUGGGUCCACACGAGGAUGGAAUCUUUAUAUAGUAGAUAUAAGUAGUAAAAUUUAAUAAUAUACAUAAAUAUGUAUCUUUUCUUGUCUGUUUUUAUUUUCUGUGUGUUUUUAGUCUACCGAAUAUAAAUCUUGUAAUGGAAUUUUAAAUUCCAAGAAAUAAGUAAUAAAAUUCUGCACUUUUGGAUUUUUCCUGGGCAUUCACGUUCAGAGAAUCUAUCUGAUUUACAACCUUUCGAGUAUUUGAAUCUCACCAAGAGUGCUUUUUGAGCAACAUGCUAAUCUAUAUUAAGUUCUCCAAAUACGUAUACUACUGUUAUAAAAUGCAUUUACACAUUCUCAUCAGAUUGAAUUAUUAAAACAUGUGGUAAAAUACAACACAGUUUCGAUAUAUAGAUGGAUAUGUUGCCUUAUUAAUUAACAUAUUCAACAAAUAAUAUAUAUAUAAGAAAAUCACCAUUAAAUAUAAAAUUAAGAAAGCAACAGAAAAAUAUAAAAUAAAAUAAUUUUUUAUUAUACUAGAAAAUAGUUGCAUGAUUGAAAUUGUAUUUACUAUAAAAAUAAACUGGUUUAUUAUAGUAGUGUAAACUAAACUUUACUCUGUGUGCAAGAUAAAGACCUAGAAAGUGUAUAUAUCUUGAUUUUUUUUGAGAAUGUAUAUCUUGAUUUUUUCAAAGAAAAUAUUUGCCAUCAAUCUCUCCUUUAAGAUAUCGAAAUAAUAUAGUACUCUCUCCAUUUUUAAAUAAUGCAUGUUCGAUCACUUUUUAUUUAUUUCUAAAAGAUCAAUGUUCUAGAUUUUUUAUGUAUUUUUAAUAAUGACUGUAAAUUUCAAGAAAUAUUAAUUGACAAUUUUAAAUUUAUUGAAUUUCUAUUGGUUUAAAUUUAUGAAAAUUGUUAUAAUUUCAAAAAUUAAUGCAUUGAAAGUUAAAUAUUGUUUUUUUAAUAUUUGUGAAAAGUUUAAUACAUAUAUUUUCUUAGAAACAGAGGAAGUAAUACUAGGAGAACAGUAUUGUACUUGCAUUAUCAAAUAAGACUUGUGAACAUGCAAUCGCGAGAUACAAACGAACUAUUAUGUUGUUUUCUCAAAAAAAAAACCUAUUAUGUUGUUUGUUUUCUGAUUUUAUGUUGAAAUUUUCAUUAGUUUUUGGUUCAAACAUUAAAAUAUGGUUUAAUUUAAAAGAUAUAAAAUUAUCCAAACCAGUUACUGACUUCGCGAUCAAAGAAGGCUAAACAUGAUACAUGACCUUCUUUGUGGAAGAUAUAUUUUUAAAAUUAACUACUAACUAACAGACGACAUACCUAAAGAUCUCGAUUUAGCAGCCAAAGUCAGCAUGUGUCCUUUGGAAAAUAUUAGGGAUACGUGCUCGAUUAGAUUAUUAACAUUAUUUUCAUUUGAACUGAUAUUUAAAUGUAACUCCAGCAAUUUUAAAUUAAAAAACUACAUGAUUAGCCACAUGGAUAGUCACACAUUAAGCGCUGUACUUGUAUUUAUGUACUUCCCAGCUCCAUCAAGUGAAUACGACAAACGAAGUUAUUGGAAGUCUAAUCAUUUUACUUAUUGUUUAUAAUGGAUUAAGCGUUAAUUCAAUGAUUAGAUAUUGAUCUUCUUCUCUUUUUGCUAACGAUGAUUAGAUUAUAGCCUCUUGUUAAUUUGUUAUAAUUUCGUUCUAUUCCGUUUCUCAAGUAUAAAUCAUUUUACCUAAUUUUUUUAUUUGAGAAAGAAUUGUUUACCUAAUUGAUUUUUAACGGUUUGGUAUUGUCUGUAAACAUUGUUUAUACUGAAACGGAAACGUACUUUUGACUUGAUUUAGUUUACAUUAGCGUUUCGCAAGGUGCACAUAAGUAGAAGACAUAGUUAAAAAAAAAUUGUUAUAAUUGUUCAGAAAAAUGUACUUUUGACUUGAUUUGGACUGGUAAAAUUAUGGAGAUGUAUAAUUGUUCAGAAAGAUGUAUUUAAAUAUCUUUUCAUUUAUUUUUAUAAUAUCAUAAUCUAUUUUAUAUCUUUUCAUUUAUUAAUAGUUUUCAGCGGACGUUUGUUCAUUAAUUUAAACAGAAUGAUUGUGUUAAAAGUUAGAAAAAUAUAUAAAAGGAGAACUGCAAGACAGAACAUUUUUUUAGCUUCAAUUUGAUCUUAUGUCUAGUAAACAAUGUUGUGGUGCUAGCAAGCCUAUUACAAAAAAAAAUGUUCUGGUGCACCUAAGAAAAAUGCACAAACGUAAAUUGAUUUAUUAGCUAAGACUUUUAUACAGUAAAACUCUAUAAAUUAAUAAUGUUCGGACUUUUAUAUUUUAUUAAUUUAUAUAAUUAUUAAUUUACAAAAUUUUUGUUUUGUAGAUUUUUUUUCUAUUUUCAUUUACAAAAUUAGAAAAAUAUUUGAUAUCACCAUAUAUACAUUACUUUAAUUUUUUUGACUUUCAUACUGUUUUUCUGUAUUAUUUGGUAUAUAUUUUUAUGUUUCAUAGAAUUUAUAUGUAGUUUUACAUAUAAUUUUAUUAAAUAUUAUCAAAUAUAUUGAAAUGGUAAGAAGAAAUAGAAGUAUUUUCAUUAUGAAUAUAAAACUAACAAUAUAAUAUUUAGUUUGUACUUAUAUAAAAUGUAUAUGUAGCUAGAUUAGUUUUUAUGAUUUUAAUGAGUAUAUAUUUACAUAGGACUUUCUAAAAUUUAUCAUCUUAUUAUUUUAUCCAUUUGUGUCAUAUUUUGAAUCAGCUUCGAGAUAAAUGUUUUUAUUCAUUUAAAGCGUUUAUUAAUUUAUAGAGAUUAUAUUGUAUCUAGUAAAUUUUCAAGGGGUUACACGUUUAAAUUAUGUUGUAAGAGUACAUUCUUCUCAACAUAGUUAAUUCAACUUAUUUUGGAUUAUAUUCUACACAGACAAAGUCUCCUAAUCAUUAAAAACAAUAUUUUGGUUUAAAAUUUAAAAGUUCUUUAUUUUAUAUAAAUAGCAGUAAUUUUAUUUUUAAUCAUUUUUUAAAAUACUAAUUUGAUCUAUUUUAUUUCUACUACUAGUAUUAUAAAUUUUAAUUAUAUUUAUUCUGUAUUUUGGUAACUCUAAUGAUACAGUAAAUUUUGAAAGAUAGACAACUCAAUUGAAAUUUAAAAUCUAGACAAUUAUUAGUUGGUGCAUUAACUUGUAAAAUUUUCUGUAUAUAUUCUAUAAAAAUGUUACCAUACAGAUGAAUAUGUUUAUAAUAAUUUUAGUGAUUUUGUCUGGCCGGUUGAUGAAGCAAAUGAUUCCUGGUUUAAUUUGCAAGGCUUAUCAGUUAUCACUAUGGAAGACUUUAGUUUCUUAUUUUCCUUUUUAAAGGAAAAUUUUAGUUAUUAUUGUUACUUUGAUUACUCUUAUCUUUUGACCGCAAGGAGGGUGGAUGUGUUGGUGCCUUGGAGUUGGUGUGAUCUGAUAUUUUUGGUUUCUUUCAUUUCCAUAUGCUUUAGUUGUUGAUGUUUUUGCUGCUUGUUUGCUAAGUCCUAUGUCUCCCUUUAUUUGGGUUUAGUGUCUGGGAUUAUCAUUGUGUUUCAUUUAUGAUUUUUACCUUCUCUUUUAAAGUUUAAUAUAAUUUCAGUGUUAAAAAGGCUAUAUGCUUCUACCCAUACAAUUUAAGGGUUACUUUAUAAUUUACAAAAUUAUGUCUUUUUUGUCAGAAUUUACAACAUUAUGUUAAGUUUCCUAAUUCUAAUUUAUAAUUUUUUCUUCUAUCUAUUUUUUUAUGGAUAGACUCAUGUAUAUUAAUCGGUUUUGGUUUAAUUUUUAUUUUUUGAAAUUUAAUGUUUUAUUAUUUCAAAUAUUAUCAUUUCAUUAAGUAAUAGUCGAUUUCUCUCAUUUUAGUUUAAGGAUUUGAUUUGUAAAUAAAUUAUGUUUUCUUGCUUUAUAUGUUUUCUAUUAAUCACCUUAGGUUCCUAAUCUUAGAGUGGAAUCUCUAUAAAUUAAUAGUUGCUAAAUUAAUAAACAUUAUAAAUUAAUAAAUUUCUUCGAUCCUGAAUGGACUGGUCCAAAAUAUGACACAAGUUGAUAAAAUAAUAGGGUAAUAUUCUUUUUAAAGUCUAUGUAGAUAUAUGAUCCCAUUAGAAUCAUAAAUUAAUAAUCUUUCUAUAAAUACAAUUUAUAUAAGUACAAAUUAAACAUUAUAUUGUUGGUUUUAUUUUCAUAAUGAAAUUAUCUCUAUUUUUUCGUAACAUGUCAAUAUAUUUUUAUAAUAUUUAGUAAAAUUAUAUCUAAACUCACAUUUAAAUUCUAUGAAACAUAAAAAUAUAAACGAAAUAAUAUUAUAAAACAAUAUGAAAAUCAAAUUUCUGAAAUUUAAUUAAUUUAUAUACCGUAAACCAACUAUUUUCUUGUUUUAUAAAUAAAAAUUAAAAAAAUUGAAAAAAUCUAAAAAUAUUUUUUUAUAAAUUAAUAAUUCUAUUAGUUAUUAAAAUAUCAUAGUCCCAACAUUAAUAAAGUUCUUACUAUAUAUGGUUAAGUGAUAUAACAAUUAUAAUAUGAUCAUCUCAUUAGAUUGUUACUCUCUGUUUUAAAAAUACUCUCAUUGGAUUGUUACGACAUUAUAUUUAGGUGCACUCAUUUUUAUUGGGGAUUAUAUUUUAUUACUCGAUGUUUUUAGAUUUAAAAUAUAGUUUAUGAUUAAUUUUUUAAAAACUUAUAAUAAAAUAAUAAAAAUGUAUAUAUCUAUAUAUAUCGUCAAGUUUUUGAUACUUUUGACAUGUUUAUACUGUACAUAUGUACUUAUAAAUGUAUGGUGAUAUUAAUGAAAAAUAUUUAUUGGCUAGCCCUAAAGGCCUUAACAUAUUUAUGUCAAUUCAAGACUAAUUUUACCAAUAAAUUAGUAUUGAAUGAAAGUGCUAUUGAAAGCUAUUUUACAUAUUACGUUAGUUAAAACCUAAAAGACUUUACUUUUGCAGAUCACCAUGUAUAAAACCUGUGCACCAAAUAUAUUAAUAUUUGUUUUCAGUUAUGUUAAAUAAAAAUAUUAAAUAUAACAAUCCAGAAUAACAACAAGCUCGAAAAUAAUAUAUUACUAGGUUGCAUGUGAAUUCAGUUUAGUAAAUGGUUUUCUCAGAGUGUAAUUCACAGGCCAACUAAUAUUUUUUGUUGUCGAAAUGUAAUAUCAAGAAAAAAGUUGAUUAUAUACAAUGAUUUGUGAUGAUAUACUGCAUGAAUAUAAAACAGAGAUUAGAUGGUAGAAAUAAAAUAUGUUGAGUUUCAGAUCUGGUUUUGGUUUGAACAAACAUCUCUUGAGGAGUAACAUCCACAUUUAUAACUACAUCGUAGAAGUUUAGUGGUUUACAAUAGAGAAAGAGUUGUUUUGUUGGUCUAGACCAUGGAUCGAUUUCUUUUUAAUGUGAAAUUAUUAGUUUUACAUAUUGCCACGUAGAUAUGAAUUUAUUGUUUACGGAUCUAUUUGAAUACUCGAGAAAUGAUUCAACUGUGGGAUGUAUCUCCCUAUCGAAGAAUUAGGUUUGCACACUUAUUUUGAUUUGUAGUAAAUUGUUUUGAAGUGUUAAUAUUUCAAAGCGUACGCAUUUCGCGCGGUGUGUCAUAAACAAAUUUUUAUUGACAGAAAACAGAUUUAGGCAUCGUUAUCAUGAGAGUCACAUAUUAUUCUACGGAAAAACUUAGUUUUUACAAGUUAAGCAAAACAAAAUUAGUUUUUACAAAGUUUUAAAAAACUUAGUUUUUACUUAACUAUUCUUUUCGUUUUAUAUUAUUGCAAUUAUCACAACUAAAGUGACGGUCCAUCAUUAUGCACACCCAAAAACUGCAAGACUUUAUUGUUAAUAUUUUCUUUUUGUCAGAAAAAAAAAGAUAAUCAGGGAUAUUUUAAAAAGGUGGCCCUUUUACUUUCUAGAGCUUGAAAAUGUUUGUGUUAAAAAAAAGAAGAAGCUCGAGCAUGUUUACUAUAUAGACCUUAACACUUAUAUCGAUACAGAAUUAUAGGCUUAUAAUAGCAAAAAUUAUCAACUAAUAAUUUGAUGAGAAUCUAGUUACGUCAUCAAUUGGUUGAUUUUCAGGAUAUACCUCUGAGGAUUCUCCUAAUAUAACUAAUGGUUAAUAAUUAUUUUCUUUAUAUUAUGUCUCCAUAAUUUAAAAUAUAAAAUUUCAUAUUUAAUUUUAAAAUAUAAACGCCAUGCCACUUCAGCGUACAGUCUUACUUCCUUUGUUUACUUGGUAAUUAUGCAUAUUUUUGGCAAAAUAAUAAUGCGUAGCAUAAGUAGUUUAGUGGAUAAUAUCGUUAAUAAUACUCCCGUAUUACGUUUAGCAGAAUGUGAUGUAAUAUGAUAAGCUACGUUGUCAUGACAGUUGUAGCCACGAAUGAUUUCGUCAGGCAUUAACUGGAUUGACUAGAGACAAGUGUUGCAGUCUAUCCAAAUUAAAUAAUUUUUAAAAUGUAAAAAUAAAGAAUUUGUGAAAGGGACUUUGGAUUAUUUUUUUAUCAUUUGUUGGAUUAUAUUAAAAAAAAACAUAAAGUUACGCAAGCCAGCAAAAAAAUCAUUAUUUUCAGAGCCAAUAGCCAAUAAAAAUUGUGAUUCUUUCUGAGCCAAACAGUUAAAAGAACUACAAAAAUAGAAUGAGUUGAAAACUAAAAUUUAAGCCAUAUGAAAGGCUAAAGAACCGAAGUUAGUGUUCUGAUGACAGAACGUUCCGAUUUUCAAACUUUGGACAGAAACAAAGAAGUUUAUAUGCUGUGGACUUGAAAAAAAUUUCUAUCAAAAAACCAAAUCACAACUGUGGUGGAACCUCAAAGUUGCACAACCUUAAGAAUUCGGGACUUCGGCUUUCCAACAGCAUAUAAAGCUUCUCCAAUAUCAAUCUACCUUAUAUAUGAUGAAUAUGUAUCUUUAACCUUUAUCUAGGUUUUUGUUGUUUCUUAUUAAACUAAAUAAAAUCCUAAUACUUUAAAAACAGUAAUUAAGAACAUAUUCUAGUAAGUCAUGCUCUUUUUCAAACAAAAAAAAAUCCUAGUAAGCCUAAUCGAUGGUAAAUACACAACAAUAUUUUAUUUUGAGUGUUUUAUAUUCAAUGACACCGAAUAUGACCCAAGGUGUAGCAUAUUCUUUUACUUGUAAUACAAACAUUAAUAAAAAA